AUGUUACCUUCUAGAAAUCUCACAAACGAUACACGAGAUGUCAGAAUGGAAUCUCAAUUAAAUUGUCAAAUUGGAGCACGACACCGCAGCUUUGAGAUCAACGACGCGAUUUUUGCUAAGGAUUGUCGAGGACAGAAACCUAUUUGGACUCCCGGUUUUAUCAACCUAUACUGUUCGCUGUGGAAACGACUAUCGACUCGACACGUAAACCAGUUGCGAUCCAGGACCGACACAACAGCGACUAAAACUUUCGUGGAUGUGUUCGAUCUACUACUCCGCGAGCAAGGACGAUGGUGCAACGCCGAGCUGCUGACACGUCUCAACGACCGUAACGCCUCUGACCACCCCACAGCCGAUUACAGGUGGACCCACGAGGAACUCGAUACGAGAUAA